AUGGAAAUGGACAUGGACAUGUCGGAGACGUACCAGGCCACUGCUUCCAUUCAACUACGAACACAUCCAACUCAUUCCACCAUCAACUUCAGUGAACUGGGCAAAAAGUUGCUCGAGUCGGCUCGCAAUGGCGACGUCGAGGACGUAAUGGAGCUGAUCAGCACCGGCGCCCCCUUCACCACCGACUGGUUAGGCGCCUCGCCGUUGCAUUACGCCUCACAGUAUGGACACGUGGAUACGGUGGAAACACUGCUAAAUGCGGGCAUUGCCAAGGAUGCUCGCACCAAAAUUGAGCGAACUGCCCUUCACGUGGCUGCCCAGGAGGGCCACUACGACACUGUCAAGGUGCUGGUCAACUUUGGAGCUGAUGUCGACUCAAAGGACAUGCUUCGAAUGACGCCACUUCACUGGGCCGUCCAGCGAGGACAUCGAGCCAUCAUGGAGCUUCUACUGGACAAUGGUGCUGAUGCCUCCGGUGUCAACAAGUUUGACAAGACGCCCAUUGAUAUUGCCUACGACUGUGGAUACCACGACUUUGUGCCUUCUCUUCAGAAUUCACGUGGUAGAUCAAAGCCAAAAAUUAAUCCAAUUGAAGCUCAACUUUCUUCCAAAGCCCUAAAAAAUCCUGCCAAUAACAAGAAUAGAGUCAGCAAACCGCCUCCAAUGAAUCGGAAUAGCUUUGGUAAUGCGCCAAGAGCUAACAUGAAUAUCAAACACGAAAUAGAUGACGAUAUGAAACUUGAACAUGACAGCAGCAUCAGGUCUUUAGAGUACCUUGAAUCAAUGAACAAAACAAAUAAGAAAGAAAAGGACAUGCUUCAAAAUGUACUCUCCAAUGGCCAGACCAUCUCACUGACUGAGGCUGGAAAGCUAGUGCUGAACAACUACAAAGAGCCGCCCCAGCAAGGCCCUUCAGGCGUCAACAGCAGUAGAGCGAAUAAGCUGAUCACCGUCUACCCUUCAUCACAGUCAAACAUUCUACUACUAUCUAACAGCCAGAACAGCACAAACUCGAGUAUCAAAGUGGAGCCGGGCACUUCGCCUAUUAAGGUAGUCACCAAGAAGCCCAUGUUUACGGAGAUCAAGACGACCAAUGGCAAGCCCAUUCCAGUUAAUAAGCUGCCUUUCACUUUUCAAUCUAAACCUGGUUCGAACCAAGUAAUCAAACGUUACGUGCUCACAAAUACACCCGCCACGGUGCAGCAGGCUAAAGACGAGGAAAUUAAAAAGCUCAAUGAAGAGUUGAAGGCGCUCAGAAAGGAGGUGGGCGACUACAAGGAGCUAAUUAUCGCUAAGGACCUGGAGAUUGAGAAGCUGAAAAAGAAAAUAGCCACCAGCAAUACUACUGAGUUCACCUUCGACUGA